AUAAUAAAACAAUUUUUGAUAAAGUUCUUAACAUUUUUCAUGUUAUUUUUCAAUUAAAAAAUUUAUAAAAUUAAAGAAAAUUUUUAAAUAUAAAAAUAUACAUAAUAUAUUGGUUUUAUAAAAAGAGAAAAGUGCUUUAAAUAUGACUAUGUCUUCAAAAGAGAAAAAUGCAUCAACAACUCCAACAAUAGAAUGGUCUGUUGAAGAAGAUAUUCAAUUAUUUUCUGCUCUAGAAGGUUUAAAACCAGUUGGUGUAAAUAAACAUUUUUAUAUGGCUUGUAUUGCUGAACGUUUAGCAAAAGCUCUUAAUCGAGAAAUUCCAGCUGAAGCAAUAUGGGAACAUUUAAGAACAAUGUAUAAUUUGGAUAUGUUAGAAGAAAUACAAACAUUACCAUUCCCAAAUGAACAAAAAGAUUUUUGUUUGCCAGAUAGUGAAUUUAGUCAAUUAAUUGCAAAAAAGAAAAUGGAAGAGAAAUUGGAUGAUAAAAAAUCGGAUAAUAAAGAUAAAACAAACAGCACGAGCAAAAUACUGUCAACACAAAAAGAUUUUGAAAAGAAAGUUACAGCUAAAUUGCAAGCUGAUAUUCCAAAAAGAACACCAAAACGUACAAGAGGAUCAGUUUCUUUAGAAUCAAAUAGCCCAUCAACAACACCCCCACCUACAUCAAGUAAUAAAAGAAGACGUAUAUAAACAAAAAUUUUUUUUUCUUUAAGAAAAAAAAAAAGUAUAAGUUGAAUGGAAAAUUCAAUUUUCUAUUGCAUUGACUUUCAUCAAAAAACAUUUACCUCAAUUCUGUUAGAUUCAUCAUUUGGGUUGUUAUUCAAAAAUGUUAUAAUGUUCUAAUGUUAAAUCAAUUUUAGAAUUAAAAAUUCUAUACUACAAAAACUAAAAUAUUUUUUAAUAACAUCCCAUCACCCCAAAAUGAUUUGACUAGCAGAAUAAGGUUGAUUAUUUCAUUGAUUCGGACCUUUUCAAGCCUUUUUUUUUCUAGCUAUAAUUAUUUCAAUAUUAUAAUAAUAUGAAUUAAGACUCUUUUUUUUUAUUACUUUUAAAAAUGUUCUUAAUAAGAAUGUAGAUUUAAAAAAAAAAAAACAUAAAAAAAUCGAAAAUUAAUUAAUCGUAAACAAAAAAACCUAGAUAAUAGUUAAAAACUCGUAGAAAUAAAAUACGAGAACUCAAUGCAGAAUUAAAACAAAAAAAUAUUAUAAUAUUAUGUAGUAAGCAAGUAUUUAAAAAGAAUUAAAGAUUUUAAGUAUUUGUAAAAUUAAUUUUAAUGGAAUUUUUAAAAAAAAUUCAAUUACUACUUUUGUGUAUUUUUGUUUAUUAUUUUUUUUUCUCUUUUAAAUUUAUUUGACAUGGAUUUUGAUGUGAAUUAAGUUUUUUUUUUUUUGUAUUUUCAAUUAAAAUAAGAAUUUUAUCUAGUUAAUUUGAAGUCAUUAGUGUAAUAUUGACCUAACAAAACAAAAAAAAAGCACUAAAUUAGGUACGUUGUAUCCAAAGAUAAUAAAUGUUGUAUACUAUUAAAAAUAUU